UUUUCCCUAAUACAAGUUGGGUAAAUUGAAUUGCAGAUAAAUUAUGCAAACCAUGUGAGGUCAUGCAUCUAGUUUUUGACAGUCAUCAAGUGAGACCUAUUCUGGUCUCCAGGCUUGUAACUGGGUCACCCCUGGAUUGUAAGUUUCCCUGAUAAUUGCUGGUGUUUGUUUUGUUUUCUAAUUUUUCCACUUGAUACAUGAAAUGCUGAUUUUCAAAAACAUGUAGAUGUAAAUAAGUUUACAUGUUUGUUUGUAACUAUCAAAGUACUUUAUUUUUACAUAGUAAUUUAAUGGUAAGCCCUUCUAACAAGGAAGUAACUUCAGAACAAGGGCAAAUAAUGACUCCUCUCUGGUUUGUUUGUUUGGUUUUUUUUUAAUAAAUUUAACCUGCAUAUAAAUUCGUGUAGACAUUCUGCUUGCUAUUCGUGGACAGAAUGUGUUUUUCUUAAGGAGGCUUAAACCCAAAUCAGAGGAACAGCCACUAUGGCUUGCAUGAGUAUGCUGGUGUUCUCACGCACACAGACACAGAGCUUAUUAGAGAAAUGAAAAAGACAAUAUACCAUAAAACUACAAUACUUUCAGUUUUAAUUGUAACUAUUUUUUUUAGUAAAUAACAUCUAUGAUAGAUUCUAGCCAAUUCCUCAUUUGUCGCUGAAGGUCCAGACUGCUUAGUUGGAGGACUUCACAGCUGCUUAGGUGUUUGAAGUGACUCUAGUUUUAGGCUUCAUGUUUUCUCAUAUGUUGGUUUUACAGUAGGCAAGCUGUAUGAUUGGCUAAAUUGAAUUUCCUUGGCUUAUCUUAGUUUAUGACAGCACAUAAUAAUCUGCAUUAAGGCUUAAUGUGUGACAUAGACAGUCCAAAGUUAGGAAUUGGAUUGAUUCCAGGGGAGGAGCGCUGGAGCUCUCUGUCACCUUUCAGGAAAAUAGCCCCAAGCAAACACUUCCAUAAUGUCCUGCCACAGCUGCCCUCUUCCACCUGGUAGUAAUCUUGCUGGUAUUUACUACUUCUUCCUUUUUCACUGUUGUAGUUUCCAGGCUUUCAGGUGAUCCACCACCAGUACACUUCUUUUCCGUUCCUUGGAAAAAGUUGUUGUGGAAGCGGUCUCCUUUCAUUCAAAUGUACAAUUUUUUAGUCACAUGGUGGGAUCUUUAAACUGUGUUAGACCAUUCUAGAGUCCUAAAUAGGUAAUGAGCAGUUAUAUGAAAAUGAUACGUCACUUUUUUUGUCCUUUUUUCCCCUGGCUAUUACACAUAAAUUCCCUGUUACUGAGAGGAAAAAGCAGACUAAAUACAGAGAGAAAUACAUAAACAAGAAGUAAACAAAAUUGCUUUUUGUAAGAGUGGGUUCAUGAUGACUGUUUACAUGAACACAUUGCAGCUGUGGUAAACGUGGUCAAAAGAAGCACUAAGUAGGUGGUGGGGUUAGUGCUGAAGGAAGACGCGACGCGCGAGAGAGCGAUCAUGUCGUAUAUCAUGACUAAGCUGAAAUGCAGAAGGCAUAGUUAGGCAGUGACAGCUGGGAAUUUGGAAUUUCUGAUUUGGAUAUCCAAUGACUUUGUGAAGCAGGGGGUUUAGAGUACUUUCUAGUUACUGGCAGUGUGUGGAGGCAGUAACCAUGUAAGGCUGUUUUUAGGGCAGACAUUCACAUAGCAUAUGCUGAAGUAUCUAAGGUGAGAAGUGCAUUUUUAUAAGUGAAAGAAAAUUUUCACAGGGAAAUUGGGACACUUAGUUAUCAGGUCAGAUGUCUGAUCUUGAUCUUUUAAGGCCAAGAGUGACAGAUUACAAAGAGUAGUACCAUGAGAAAGCAAAGUCCUAUAAAAGUGUUUUUGUAAUUUAAUGCUUUCUGCCAUAUUCAUAAAUUAGUCUUGGACAAUACUAUAAUUUAUUUAUGAGCUGUUUAUACAGUGCUUGUGUUAAAAUUCUAGAAGCUUAGUAACAACUUCCAACUGAUAAAACUGCCUUUUUCCAAAACUGGAUGCCUUCAAGUCAAAGGAAAACUUAAAUGGUUGGCAGAAUGGUGUGACAAAAAAAUAGCAAUUAAGAAAAACCCCAGCAAAUACUCCCACCCUCCCUCCCCCACAAUUAAAUGCCCUGGUUUUUGAUUUCUCAAAGUUUUGUCUGCUCUUUGCAAUCUAUGCUAAAACAUAAAAAGCAAAUAUAUACAAAUCACCUCCUUUCAAGCUUCUGUUUAUCCCAGUUUUUACAGCCAAGCAGCAAUAAUUUUUACUGGAUUCAUAAAAUCAUCAGAGCCAGUUUUAUGUUCUAGGAUUUGAACUCUGUCAUCAAAAGCAUGCCUGAACAGCUAAUAAUUUCCUGAGUAAUGAAUCCUGAUGCAGUAUUUGUAUUUUUAUUGUCUCAUGAGAUGAAGUCUUCCUGUGUUUUCAAUACAGAAUACAUUUUUUAAGUUUUCAUUAUUAAAUAUCAAUCAGAAUGUGCUGCUUUUCUGCACAGGGAGUGCAUGCAUCUUGGGUUUGGUGACCUGCAGAGCUUCUCGUGGUGUAAUUCUUUUUGUAUUGUGAAGAGAGUUAUCACAAUUCGCUCCUGUGUAAAGAGGGAUAGCAAGGCUUCUCAGUAGAUUGAAGUCAAUGAAGAUAAACUGCAGUGAUUAGAAGCAUUUUAUAAAUACAAUUAAAUUAUUAUUAAUUAGCAUGAAGUGUUCAACUAUGUAUUUGAUUCAAUGAGAAGUUUUGCUGGGGUGCAAACUUCAGUGGUGUUGAUGCUCUCAUGUGAAAUAGGUACAGCAUGAUGUUCUUCUGAAGAAUAUCCCUACUUAGUGCUUUUUGGGUGUUUGUGCCACUGAACUUUAUUUGAAGUGCCUGAAAGUAAAGCAUAAAUUCUGGUGGUACAAACUAUACCUUGAGGUUUUUCCAUUUUCAAGUCACUAUUCUGUUUUCAGAUACAUUGCCACUGGCAUAACAUUUAGAACAGUUUAAAUGAGGCUGCUUAAUACAUUGUAAAGUAUUUAUCAUGGAGUCAGAAAUGUUUAUGGUGUCAUAAAAGCUUUGAGGGAAACACAUCAAAUAAAUUGGUCCACUCUAAAGGCUCACUACAGAUUUUAAUGUAAGCCCGGGAAAUGUCUGAUAGCUUUAUAAUUUGUGUGCUUUAUAAACCAUGAAAUCCAAAGUGAGAAGGUCUGACUUUCAUGCUUUCAGGUUUUGUUCCUUUAGGAAAAAUUCAGAGCUUUCUUCUACAAAGUGUAAAAAAAAGGGAAAUUCUGACCAUUGAUCUGUAAGGAAGGCCUAAUGAGUGACUUAGGGCAUCUUAAAGUGCCGUAUUUCAUAAUGCAUGCUACUGUGAGCAUCUGGAAAUGCUAAUGCAACUAUGUUUGAUCCAGGUAUGGUUUUUGGGGAAGCUUUAAUUCAUCAAAAAUGAGCUUAAGUUGAAAAACAUAAUGUAUUUACUAGCUUUGUGUGUCUCAAUACGCUUUUCCACUACGGUGUAGCAGUCUGUUCUGCAACUGAGCAGCAAAAUGGACUGAGAGCUGUGGCAAGCAGCAUAAGAAUCCUGUUAGAUACGGAAGACAAUGAAUUAUUACUGAGGGAUAAUGCAACUUUUGUUUAAUCUGUGUACUGUUGAAAAUGACUGCAUUUGAAAGAAGUCCUUGAAUGACCUGCUUCUUAAAGUAGCCCUCUCAAAAUCGGUGGCUGAGAUAAGGGAGUGGUGGGGUGAGGGCGUAGUAGAGGAUUAGUGCUAGCAGUAUUGCUUGUGAUGGGAAGUCAGGUUAAGGGGCAUCAGAAGUAGGAGGACAGCAAAGGGAAAUAGAACUUUGAGGACAUAUUCCCUGAAGAUUAAAUAACUGGAAUUUUGGAUAUUGCAGAGAAAAUAUAUAGAUGUGUAGCUUCUUUUCAGUAUCAUUUGUCUUCUGAUCUAAAAAAAAAUAAAACUCCUUAUGCGUGUGUCGUGAUGCCUGUCUUUGUGUAGAGGAUCAGGACAAAAUGACUACUCCUCUGCAAUCACACCUAAUCUCGCUAAAUCUGAGGUUACAGGGGCUGUAAAUGAUCUACGUCUUCUGAUUUUUGCUGUUUCAGAAUUGCUCCUCUCUGCCACCUAUCUGGCAGGAGAGAAAGGAAGAUAACAAAAUUGUUGCCAAGGUCUGAGGGCAGCUCCCUGACAGUGUGGGCUAAAAUGGGACUUCUUAGCUUGGUUUAAUGUCAGUGAAAGAGACUGGUGGGUGAGUCUUGGUGAGACAUGCAGGAUCCUGGGUUCUGUGGUAUGUAGCCAGUUCUUCUCUGAAAAUAAAUUGGUUUCUAUCCUUGGUACCUCUUCUCUUGGCACGGCAGUACCUCAUAAGUUAGUCAGAUAUUUGCUGAAAUAGUGUAAUGUGCCCUGUCACUACAUAAAUCCCCACCUUUCCAUAAAGGACUUUCUGUUAAUGGGGAAGGAUUUGUAGGAAAGAGCAAAUUGAGACACAAAUCUCAGUGUAGCACUUCAGGUGCCUGUGGUUGUGCUGUCGGUAGCCCUGUAGGGAUGUUCUGUGGUUCCACAGCCACCCUGUCCACUCGCUCUUUGUCGCUUUGGUUUCCGCAAUGCGGGAGGAAGAUGCGGCAGGCACCUACCUCUCUCAAAGCCCACGGAUUUCUUUGAUGUGUUUGUUACUCCUCAGGGUUUGUUUGUUUUUUUUUUUUCAGGAAGUAGACCAGAGAACAUCAUUCGUACUCAUGAAGGCUAAUUACAAUUUUUCCUCUACAAAUCUUUUCUUGGAGAGCUGUGUGUUCAAAGAACUGCUGCUAAGUAUUUUCUGUGCUACAGUUAUGCUCAAUGUCCAGGCAGCGAGUGCCGAAAUGUAGAUUCUUUUGGCACCUGUUCCUGUUUGUGUUUGUUUGAUAACAUACAUUUGUGUCUUUAUUAAUGUUGUCAGGCACGUCAAAGCCAUCUGUAAUAAAACUGCAUCAGGAGAAGAGCAUGUCAGAAAAUGUGACAGUAAAAUAUCGAUGAUUCUUAAUGAAACUUUUCUAUUGAUUAAACAGCACAAUUUCAAUGUGGAAAAAAUGAAAUAAUUUCUAAUUAUUUCAGGACUUUGAGAGCAACUCCAGUGAGCCCUGAGUCUUUGGCUUGCCUAUAAAAUGACAGCAGACUGAGCAAUUUACUGGUAUAUCAUGAGAAAAUUCUAUGGCAUGGGAAUGCGUUUGCUAGGUUUGCAUUGACUGAGAUCACAACAAAAGAGGAGCAUAAGUGACCCUUGCAUUUCUGGUGCAUAGUUGAAUAUUCUCCUGGAAUCUGUCAUUUAUUACCCAUACUCAGUAGUUGGAAUGAGGCUGGCAUAUGAUGUAACAUACCAGUGGUCCUCGGAACAUCAGCUGCAUGUACGAGCAAUUUCAAUGUCUAUUCACUGCCAGACAGAUGAUUUUAAUAAAAGGAGUUCAGGGGCUCCAUUCCUGACAUAAGAUGGUUUAUUUUGGGACCGGUAACUUGACAUACUCUUGUAUUAUAAAAUCCAAAAAAAUGGAGAUAAAUUCAAGUAGGUUUGCCACCUCAGCAGAGAAAAUAAAAAAUAUGGAGGGUAGCUAAUGUUAUAUUCUUUUGUCAAAGCUGAGUGUGUGAAGUAAAGCAUACUGAAUUAGGACACUUACUAUGUCCCUAGGUGUAACAUAAAAAAGGGAUUUUCCUAAAAAUUGGUCCGUAGCCCUGAUUUGAAGCUUGCUGUAAGUGCAGGAAGAGAAAUAUUGGAGGAGUUCACUACAGUCCCGAUAUAAACUCUUUUCUUGUUCUGCUUCUUGACACUGAAUUUCAAGCAGUAACUGACAUGGAUGUCUCGGCCUCUUUUUUUUGGCUGUUUUGACACUUUCAUCAGUUGUCUCUAUUCUGCUCCAUAUACUUUCUGGCCAUUCUUCAUACUGAGCCUUUGCUUUUUUCCUAAGUUGUGCCUCUUAUGCAAACUUUACUUUGUUAAACUGACCCUUCUGGCUUUUCUUGGGUUUUCAUCAUUUGUUCAUGUUUUCCAGCUUUUUUUUGCUUGCCUUCUUCUAUGUCAGGUAUUUGCCCCUGUUUGAAAGAGUUGAAACCUUUGAUUUAAUAGUCAUGUAGUACUGCAAUUUUUAAAAUAGCCUUUCUUGGUAGAUUUUUUUGACAUUUAGUUUAUAAUAAACAUGUUAUAUAAAACAUACUAUUAUUAUUCAGGAUUUACCAGUUACCAAAUCUCUUGGAUUUUGUUCUGAUAUCUCUUAAGGAGAUAGUACCAACAGGUCUGAUUGCACUUGUGAAACAAAAUUUUUAUGGUGAAAGCCAGAAGACUCUGUGCUUUUCAACUUCAUAUAUGGAGCUCCUGUUGGUAUAUCUGGGUCCUUUGGGGCCUCCAUCCAAAUUCAGUCAGCUCCAUAGAAUUGUCUGUGUGUUUCAUGCUCCUGGAAAAUUUUGUGUCCUGUACUCUCUAUCUAUUUAUUUAGAUUAUUUUGGUUUUCUGGGAUUAGCACUAUUUUCAAUAAUUUUUUCUCUGUUGCCUUGAAAAUAAAGUGUAAUGGGAAUGAUUCAGAGUAAAUACCUUUAACAGUGUUUUUUGUUGUCAAGACUUAUGUGUUGGCUCUCUGACCUUUCAGAUGGACUUCUGUCUAUGUUGUGAGCACCACAGCACCUAAAACAGUAUGUUGGAUGCAGUUUGCUGUGUUACUGGGGUGUACAAUGAAAGAAGGAGAAAAUUACUAGAGUUCUUAUGUAUGGAGAAUUAUUUUGUAUUUCAUGCCUGUACAAUUGUUGAAUAAGCUUGGAAACGUCACCAAAAGCUGGAGGUUAUAUUUUCUUCUUGUACCUUUGAUUAUCGUGAUGUCAUGGUCACAGAUCCUGGUCAAAAUUGGAGGAAACUGAUUGAUUGUAGAGAUUGUUAUCAACUGAGGCAAUUAGCUGAACACAUUUGAGGACCUAUACUAAAUAGAUAUUCCAUAUGUAUUUUUGUGAAAUGCAUAUAUAGUAGCUCCUUCUAAAGACAGAAGUAAAGGAUCUGUUGGCUGAAAUUUCUCACUCUUGUGUUUGAAGGAACAUGGUUUGCUGCCAUCAUCUGAAAGCUGAAAUCUGUUUUCUCCUAUAUUUUGUUUCUUUUUUUUUUCUUGCUGCUGAGAUAUAGCAGGAGAAUUGCCUGUAUUCAGCUGCCAAUUACAGAUUUAAUUCAGUUAUUUGUUUUUCAGUAAUCUGAUUGCCAUUAGUGCCUAGUUCACUAAUUGUUCACUGUACUCUGUCAAGUUAUUAUGCAAGUAACAUUCUGAAAUGAAACCUAAUAAAGAAAUGAUGGCAGCAGUCUCAACAGAUGAUGUAUAGUAGUUAUGAACUGGUUUUUUGUUUCUUUUAGUGGGUUAAUUUCCAGACUGGUGGACAGUCAAUCUCAGUUAUUCUCAAGUAGCAUGAAUUGAAGAAAUCUCUUACCUUUCAAACACAAAAUUCUCUUGUGUGGAGUCAUUCAGUUUUUUAGAGGGAUGUCAUGUUAAUAAGCUGUUUAUUCCACAAAUAAUGGUGCCUAUGCUUUUCUCAAUGUCCUUGGUCGUAAUUCAGUUCUUGAAUUCAAUUGUUUGCCAAGGAGAUGAUUUGUGAUUUUUAAAAGCAUGAGUGCAAAUAUCUGUAGUACCACAGACUUGGAAUGCAGUGAGAGGGACUUCUUUUUUCACAUAACCUUGGUUUAAUUUGACUGACUCUUGUUUUUAUUGACUUGAUUCUAUAAUCUUAAUCCUAGUAAAUAAAUGCAUGAAAAUAUUAGCCCAUAUAACCCUAUUGCUGCAACUCAGUCAAAUAUGCAGCAGGAUCCUGUUUCUGUAGUAGGAAGCUGGAAUGGCAGAAGAUUCUUCCAAAAUGUGCAUCUACAUAUUUUGUGGGCUCAAAAGUUCAAGACCUAGUAUUUGUGUUACUGAGCAAACUAAGUUGGAAUUUUCCCCAAAUGACUGCAUUAUCAGUCUGCUGCUCAACUGCCCUUCCAGUGCAGUGGGUAGGAAACAACAGGAUUGCAUUUGGAAGACAGAGAGGCAUAACACUUGUUUUCAUCUUUCUGCUAAAUUCAGACAUUGAAACGGGUGAACUCCUGAUACAUGGUAUGGGAAGUUGCUAGAAAAGUAAUGUUAAUUGUGUUUAAAGUUUAUGUUCUUCAGCUCAGUCAAAUGACUUUAGAUACAACAUGUAGUCUUGACCACCCCCACUCUUGUAGUCACUAGUGUCAGUGAAGCUGAACUUUAUUGUUGAAAACUUAUUUUUUUGCUGGCAUUUCUAUAAAAGCAUGAAAUGGGAAAACCAACAAGUAAAUUCUCAAGCUUAAGAUGAGGAGGAUGACACUGGGCUGCUGCUGAUGCCUGGCUGUGAAGUGUGUGCAUGUGGAAAUGGGCUGGGAGUGGUCAUGGGCCACUGGAGACCUGUUCCUCUCAGCCCUGCAUGGGCUGGCUUUAGGUGAUGGGUGUGGUGGUCAUAAAAUGCCUGUUUAUUUCAGGAAGCAAAAGGAGACCCUUCUAUAAACUGGCUCACUAGUCUGCCAAGAGAGGAUGUGUUCACUGAGUUCUAAGUGGAAAAACAGGGCUGCUGCCCUUUGAAGUAUUUUGUGGUAGUGUCAGUGAAAUACUAUGACAUGUUUGGUAAGGUUUUGCUGGGUUUUAUUUCAGGAAGGGACAGAUUUUCAGUACUUCCAAAUGCCUUUCUGAGGUUAUUUGGAUAAUUUAAGGUUAUUCUUUUUCAGUGAAGGCUUUUUAAUAAUCUUUAUGUCUUUGAAAGGGGCCCUUCUAAUAGUGGGAAUAGCUACAAAUUGAAGUGCUGCAGAUAAUAUAAGUUGACAAGUUCUAUAGCAUACUAAUGUUGUCAGAAAACCCAGCAGCUUUCUCCAAAAAUACAUUUUCCAAUAGUAAAAGCAGAUAAAUGGGGGGGUUGUGAGUGAGAAGCAUGAAGCUUUUCCAAGAGGACAGUGGUCUGCCAUGAGACAGUAAGUUGGAGAAAGAUGUGAGGACGAUGAAAAUUCCCUUUGUUCAAGGGUUCAGAGUUUUUGGGUUUUUUUUUGUUUGGUUGGGUUUUUUGUGGGGGGGUUUGUUUGUUUGUUUUUGUUUUUGCUUUGUUUUCUUCUAAACUUAAUCCAGCAAUCCAGCACUGAAUUUCCCUUUGUCACAUUCAGCUUUAGAAAGCAUGAAUGUCCCCCUGGAAGGAGAAUAGGCAGCUGGCCAUUUUCCUCACUGUGAAACUUUGUAAGAUAGAUGAAUUUGGGAAGUGAAUAGAGGAAGAAAACAAUACAAAAGGAACUGCUUUUAAACAAAAGAUACACUUUUGUCACCAUUUGCAGUGCUCAAUGGAAACUAAGCUGUCCAACCUUUAACUGUGGUGACUCAAAAUAUGUCUGUGCAGUAUGCUGGCAGCUGUAUGUGUGGUAGGUAGUGAAGAUAAAACCCAAGUUAUAAAUGAAUAGUCCCAGCAAGGCUUUGGAAAGCACUUGGAUUGAAUUCCAAGUUGGAUAAUGAAAGCAGGCUUGGAGGGAAAUUGCCGUGCCCUUCCUGAUUGCCCUGUUCAGCUUGCAUUGAUACCCCAUAACGUCCCCAUUGAUGCCCCAUAACACAGUGGGGCUGUGGCUGAGGACCUCAAGCCUCAAGGUACCCCAGAGAAUUGCUCUUCUUUGUAAGUGAGACAUGAAGAGAUGGCUUCAGGUGUGUAGCCGCUGCUAAUCAGGCUACUAAAAGAGAUGUGAGAAAUAGCAGUCCACUUUCAGCACUGUAUUUAUUGUAAAUAACUAAAAUGCCAUCAGUUUACUGUUUAGAUGCUGAUAUGGUUACCUGGUUUUCCCCAUCUUUAUGGCCAAUUUUAUGAUGCAGGCUUGCAUGCUGCUUAUUUCUUAGUUCAUUUCUCUUAAGGAGGUAGUGAGUCUGAGCCAUCAUUAUAAAUGGCUUGUAAGUGCUGUCUCAGUCUAGUUAGAUUUAUAACAAAAUGGAUCCUAUAGACAGAGUUUUGCAUAAAUAAAAGCAUUUGUCUUUCAUUGCUCUUUCACUUUCCUACCUACUAUCUUCUAGUAGUAGUUCCUGAAACAAUUUCAUCUAGAGGUUGCAGUUAAUUCUAAUAUGCUUCAGGAGGUCAAUAUGAAAGAAGAGUAGAAAGGUUUUUCUGAUUGUUAUUACUCUUGUUAAAAAUGCUGAUGCUCAAGGUUUCUUAUCAUGUGCCCUGCAUCUUUAUGUAUAUAGGCAAAAUAAUUUUUUAAAAUAUUCUUCAGUUUUGUUGGUGACUCAUUUUCAUGCACAAGCAUUCACUGCCUGCCACUGAAGUGUCUGUUACAAAGGGAGCAGUGGAGAAUGCAAAGUGCUGGAGAAUGGUGGCCGUGUGUCUGGGAAAGGGGGUGCUGGUUGCCCAUCUAGCUCUUAUUUUUACCAACUUCAUUAUUUAUUUAGCCUCUGUAUUCCUCAGUGUCCUCACCUGGAGGGAAAUGCUCACUUUUUGUACUUACUUUCCCUUGAAUCUUUUUUUUCCCCCAUUAAUUAGAGAUGAUGGCAUUUUAGAGCCUUUUAUUAUAAAGAGGCACAGUAGGAAUAUUCACUUUGCCUCUGUUGGCAUACACAAUCAAGUCAUGACACCUUCACAAGUUAGCUCAGUCACAGUUAUUUGUGUGCAGCCCUGGAAUCUUUAGCAAAUUUGAAGACCCUCACUUUCCUUUGGCUGCAGUUACUCUCUGCUGUCACUGUUGGCUAUUACAGACUUCCAUUACUGGCUCUUUUCCAGACAAAUAAUGUGAUAGCAUGUUUCUGUUUCGGCAGGUAAUAAUGUUGAAGAAUUUAAACAGGUACAAAUAAAGAUAAUUUGAAAAAUAAAGUCUCAACCAUGUGAAAAUUUAAGAGACAGAGCUUGAAAGAAUUAAGAGAUUUCUUUCAGCUGGUUGAUUUCAUAUUUCAAGUCUAGAAACAUGUGUUUAUAUUUAGCAUGUAUUUAGGGUUAGUUCUAGCCAGGAUAGAUUUAAAAUAAAAAAACAGAAAAAAACAAUACCCACCAUUGUUUGAACCUGAUGAUGAGUAUGAGUAAUUAGAAUGCAUCCAAAACCAUCGGAAUUAAAUAUUGCAAACAUCUGUCACCUAUGUAGGCAGCUUUUUAUUUUGCAGGUGAAAGUUCAAUAGGCAAAGCAUUUUGAGGGGGGAAGUUUUUGAAAAUGUUACAAAGUAGACAUGACCUGUUUUGUUCCAGGCCUGUGAUCCCCCUCUAGUGCCUUUUUUUUUAAAUUUGUGUAGAAUGUAUAAUAGGUCAUCCCCUUUUAUUAAGCAAUAAUAAUUUAUAAUCAUCUGUGAUAAGUUCCCUUCGAUCUUUAUAAACCACUACCUCUUCUGAUACAGCUGUGAUUCUAAAACAAUCAGUAUUGCAACCAAAGUCUAUAUCUGUUUUAUUUUUGGAUUGUAAAUAUUUUUCGCAACAGCUCUUUCAGAAUAUAAUGAAAGUGUAUAUUGUAAUGAUUGUGUAGGCAUGAAUAAGGAUUUAAUUGCCUUCUGCAUUUGUGUGUGGACUUUGUAACUUUUAUUUUGAGAGUACUAUUUUGCAUUAGAAGCUAUUAUUUUUCACUUGAUUGGGUUUUUCAGGAGGCUGGAAUACAGAAGUGACUUAAAACCAGGUGUUGUCUGGUUUGCUGGGCCCUGUGUAUGUGAGAGGUCCUGGCUUUCGCUUUUCAGCCUUCCACUGGCUUCCACUAUCACAGUUUCACUCUUGGAUGUUGCCUGGACAUCACUGAAGUUUGUGACUGAAACAACCAGUUUUUCAUGUACAUCUACAUGUAGCUUUUGCUUAAAUCAGUUGCUUCUAAAUAUAAAUUUAAUUUUGCUUUCUCCUUACUAAACUUUUUCUAUAACUGCUGUAACUGGUUUUUCUAUAACUGCUCCAUGCUGUAAGUUUCAGGCUUUUUUACAGUCUUUCUCAGUGCUGUUCUAGGUUCAUUUUGAAGAGUACCUGUACAAGAGGUACUCUCCUUUGUGCCAGAAUUUGCAUCCCAUUUGCCUGCCUAUCCAAGGAGGUACCAGCCAUGGAUGAAUGGCUGGGACAAGUGUGUUAAUUUUUUUUUUUCCAAUUUUGUGGUCAGCAUAAAAGAAGAGUUUAAUUUAAAACAUCAGUUGUCCUUUUUCUUUUCCAGUUCCCCUGGAGCACUGUGCUUCUCUGAUCUCCAAAUUUUCUUUUACUACUGGAAACUUUUUGGUUUCUUCUAGCUGCAGCUAGCUCCAGCUAGUCUUUCUUUUUCUUGUUUUCAGUAAUGCCCUGUUUAUUUUCAGAUACUUUUGAUAUCAUGUGAUUACCCAUUUCUCAUACCUUUAUGAACCAGGGAGCAUCCCUAUACCUGUUAUGUCGUCCCUCUCUGCACAAGAGCAGCUUUCUGGUUAUACAGAUUUCUUUGUUUACAUCUUUAAUAGUUCCUUAUGUUGUGGAAAAUGUGUAAUGCAUUUUGAAUUUUGAAAAAACAAAUUGAUUAGAAGCAUCAAUUUCAAAGAUUUUUUAAAUACAAUAAGCCUAUGGCAGCAGUAAAACAUUAAUGUAUUUACCAUUACUUUGCUCUUUGAGAGGGAAGAAUUCCUGAGAAAAUCUUUUACAUCAGCCAGAAGAGCUGGAAGACAAUUUUUUCCUACUAUGGUAUAGUAUAGAUUGAGCUACAGACUACUGUGUUGGAUUUCUGAUUGUCUGACAAGAACAUAUAUUCACUGUCUGAACAAUUGAAAGUAAACCUGCAUUCAGUAAAUUUAUACAUAGAGUGUGUCAGAAGCAUGAACACUCUUCCAUGUGUGUCACUAGCAGUCAGCACAAGUGUUUCUUUGGGACUUCACACUGCAAAAGAAAAUUCAGUCUGAUCUGUUAAAACAGCUGUGAAUGUUUAAGUGUUGAAUUACAUGUGUUUGUCAGUGCUCAGAGGAUGUCACCACCCAUUUGCCCCAGUAGGCUGAUACUCAGCUGACCUUAGCUUCCACAAAACCAUGUGAAAAUAGAUGCAACUGCAGUCUAAGAAAAAAUAAAAGUUGUUUUACUCAUACUCAGGUUUCUUUUAUAGAUACACAAGUAUGUUUACACAAGUAAGCUUAGCUGCAAUUAAAUUUUUGCAUUCUUUGUGGUCACAAGUAGUAAAAUAGAGUGAAGAGAGAAGGAAGCCAUAAAAAUGGUUAGGUUAAAUUUAACCAAGUAAACUAAUAGCAUUUCUGUUUCUUAAAAAAUAUGUGUAUUCACUAGUUUCAGACAUGUAAUAUUGGUGUUUACUGAAAAAAACAACCCCCCAAAAAAUCAGUGUUCAAAUACCAUUUUUCAUUUAAAAAGAAGGGCCCCAUCAGGUUCUGUUGUAAACAUUCAGUGAUUUCACAAAGCUGGUCCAGUUAAAAGUGUCCACAUUUUGGGAGAGAAAGAGAUCUGUAAGUUUUAUGGUACCUCUUUGUGAUCAGGCUUCCCCAAGAGACAGUGUAUAGAUGAAAAACUAAUGAACUCCCUUCAGUUCCUAUAGAAUCUUCUAAAGGACCAAGAAAACAAAAAUAUGGUGGUUGUAAGUUUUUUUUACCAUUCCCAGUUCACAUCUGGAACCUAUAAUCUAUAGUAUAGGAGCAAACCCAGAAACAAUGAAAGAAAGCUCCAACCUGAGAUACUCUCCUGGGAGGUAAUUUUGAGUUUGGAACAUGCUCAGAGAAGUGCUUGGCAGAAGAACUAAAGAUCAUUGAAAGAAGUUUUAUGUUGUGUCUCUUGAAACAGAAAUAAAUUUAAUGUACUUAAAUUAUCCCUUCAGACCUCAAGGUCUGUAUUACUAUGUAAUUUUUUUUCCUCCCUAUUGUGAAUUGCCAGAGAUUCCAACCAAGUAUAUGAAAUGUGUUCUUGUACUGGUUCACAUGCUUGGCCUGAUACAACUAUGUACCAUAUGGAGUCAACCAGCCUAUUUCAUAAGGGAUUAUAAAAGCUGAAGAAGUAGAUGUAAAGGAAAAUUAUAUAGACAUUUAUACUUUGAGAGAAUUAAAAAAAAUUGUUUAAAUGCUUUGUCUUAUUUUGGUUAGUUUUAUCAGGUCACUCAUGCAAAACCUUCAGCGUUUGUAUUGAAAUGAGAAGAGCUUUGAUUUCAGUAGAAGAAGGCAGAGCAUUUUCAGAAUAGAAGGAGGUAAGCUGAUCUCGAGGCCCCUGAAACAAUGUGUGUAAUACAUGGGUGGAAUUACAGCCCGCAGCCACACAGCACUGUGGAGUGGGAGGGGUGCAUCAGUAGCUUUGCCAGUCACAGCUUCAGCUGGAAUACUGUUAAUUCUGCUGCGACAAGGAGUCGGUGCAGUCUGAUAUUUGAAUCAAUUGUUGCAAGAUACUAAAUGCUCGCAUACCGAGGAAAUUACUUCCACUGAAAUUGAAGCAGGUUUCUCCUAUUGCAUUUGAACCCUUGGCAAUCCCUAAAAAAGCGACUAUCCAGAAGUUAAACGCUUGGCAUAUAUUUUUACAGCUCAGAGGAUAAUAGUGAGGCAUGUUGAUAAUGAAUGGAAGGGAAAGAAUAUCCUCAAGAGGAGGUCUUCUAGCAGCUUGUUUUUUUACCAAUGGCAUGCAAGUAAUUUUGUGAUGCUCUGUGAACGAUGCUCGGACAGCCAAGUGAACUGUCAUUUUCCAGGGAUUAGCCUAUUAGUUGUUACAGUGCUAGUGGUGGUACUCGCCAAAAACAGGGGAACUGACUGUCUUAAUUAUCCCUGCUCUUUGACUUCAUGCUUCAAAAGUUUUUUAUGCUGAAAAGCCUCUUGAGGAGGAAAACAAGUGUUACAAAUUGUUUUAAAAUACUUAUUCUAGCCUCCCUUAUGAAAUAUCCUUUAGGGUUAUAUUUUGCAGUUGUGCUUAGACUUUACAGCAAGAUUCAACUCUUCCCUUCUUAGUCCCACACACUGAAAAAAGGAUCCUUUACACUGAGCAGGCAUAGGUGGGAGGCAAAUUGAGAAAUAGAGGCAGAGAUCCACAUUCAUGCAGGCAAACAGAGCAUGUGAGACAUGCCUUUGUAUCAUCAGGGUUUUAUUGUUUCAAGAAGGUUGACUAUGGUGCGUCAAGUUCUCCGAAGGACCAGCAUGGAGAUUGGCUCUCUGAACUGCUAAUGGGGACAUGGGACUCAUGUUGCCGUUGAUCAUUUGUGUGGACUUAACCAGCAAAGACCAACAGAAGACUCUAGAAAGGCAGUUGGAAUUAUAGCAGUUUUUCAGAUCACCAAAUCUUGUUAUUUUAAUUUCUGUCUGGAAGAAUGUCUGAGCAAGGUAAAUUGAACCAGGAGACAGCAGAAGAAGCUGCAAAAGAGCAGGAGACUGCCAUCUCUGAAGCCAACCCGGACAACUGUGUUCUUAAUAAAUCUGAAAGCUCAGAAAUUGAGGAGGAGAAGCUCAGUGAUUCCAAGACAGAGCUGCAGGUGUUACUGCCAACAAAAAGUUGUAAUGCAAAGCCUAAGAAGAAACGAGGAGCAAAUCAGAAAAAGAGAUCCAAGUCAGGAGCGAAGGGAAAACUCGUGCGGAGUCUUGCUGUGUGUGAAGAGUCAACCCCUCGCCCCGGAGCAGAAAAUCUUCAUGACAACCAGGAAUCAAUCCAACUGCAGCUUUCAAGUUUUCCUAGCUUGCAAGAAGAAGAUAAAUCUAGUAAAGAUGACUCCGAGAAAGAAAAAGAGAAGGAUAAAAAUAAAGAUAAAAACAGUGAAAAAAGCAAGAUCAGAAUGUUAUCAAAAGAUUGCAGUCAAGAGUAUACAGACUCAACAGGCAUAGAUUUGCAUGAGUUUCUCAUUAACACAUUAAAGAAUAACCCCAGGGACAGAAUGAUCCUCUUGAAAAUGGAACAGGAAAUUAUUGAUUUUAUUAGUGACAACAAUAAUCACUAUAAAAAGUUCCCUCAGAUGUCGUCGUAUCAGAGGAUGCUAGUGCACAGAGUGGCAGCUUACUUUGGAAUGGAUCACAAUGUGGAUCAGACUGGAAAAUCUGUAAUUAUCAACAAGACCAGCAAUACAAGAAUACCAGAGCAAAGGUUUUCUGAACAUUUAAAAGAUGAAAAAGGUGAAGAAUCCCAGAAGCGAUUUAUCUUGAAGCGAGAUAACUCUAGUAUUGAUAAAGAAGACAAUCAGCAAAACAGAAUUCUUCCAUUUAGAGAUGACAGACGAAGUAAAUCAAUUGAAGAGAGAGAAGAGGAGUAUCAGAGAGUGAGGGAGAGAAUAUUUGCACAAGAUUCAGUUUGCUCCCAGGAAAACCUUUUUGUGGAAAACAGUAGGCUGUUGGAAGACAGUAGCAUAUGCAACGAUAUGCAUAAGAAAAGACAGCUGUUUAGGGGCAACAGAGACAGCAUUGGGAAGACAUCUGGCAGUCGACAGAGCAGUACAGAGAACGAAUUGAAGUGGACAGACCACCAGAGGCCAUGGAGCAGCACAGACUCGGACAGCUCAAACCGAAAUUUGAAGCCAGCCAUAACAAAGACAGCCAGUUUUGGUGGGAUAACCGUCCUGACAAGAGGAGAUAGCUCAUCAAGCAACAGAAGUACCGGCAAACUGUCUAAAACAGGUAGCUCAGAGUCUUCCAGCAGUGCUGGCUCCUCAGGAUCACUGUCACGAAUACAUCAGCCUCUCCAAAGUGCAUCUCUCGUCCCCGGGGUGACAGCCAAUUCUUCAGGCAGUGUGUCCUACCCUGAGAACGGGAUGAGUGGCCAGGUGGCCCCCAGCAACACCAGCUAUAUCAUUCUUCCACUUGAAGCUGCAGGGAUACCUCCUGGCAGUAUCCUUCUCAACCCGCACACAGGUCAACCGUUUGUAAAUCCUGAUGGGACGCCGGCAAUAUACAAUCCUCCCAGUGGCCAGCAGACAAUGAGGAGCCAGGUGGUGGGACAGUCUCAGCAGCAGCCUUCACCCCAGCAGCCUCAGCAGGUUCAACAGCCACAGCAGCAAAUGGCAAGUCACCUUGUCACACAGCCUGUUCAGACAAUGCAGCCAUCUUCUCAGUCAGUCCAAUAUCCAGCAGUUUCUUAUCCUCCCCAGCAUCUCCUGCCAGUCUCUCCAACACAGCAGUUUUCUGUGGCGUCACAUCUGUAUCCCCUUCUCCUGCCUUGUGCCCCGCAGCGCGAUGACAUGACAGCGCAGUUUAACCAGAUGAGCUUGAGUCGUCAGUCAUCAGGAGACAACCCCGAGUCGCCCUCUGGCCCCGUGUACCCCUCGCCCAUGCUGCAGCAGCCUGCCCAGCAGACAGGUUACAUCAUGGCCUCCCCGAGCCAGCAGCUUCCCCCAGGAGGCUUCACGGGAUCAGGAGCUCCGGUGUCCCAGCAGGUGCUGCAGCCGCCACCGCCACCCCAGGGCUUCGUGCAGCAGCCACCGCCACCUGCUCAGAUGCCAGUGUAUUAUUACCCAUCUGGUCAGUACCCUACCUCAACAACUCAGCAGUACAGACCCAUUGCCUCAGUUCAGUACAACGCACAGCGGAGUCAACAGAUCCCCCAGACUGCCCAGCAAGCAGGUUACCAGCCUGUCCUGCCGAACCAGCAGCAGGGGUUCCAGGGUCUCAUGGGAAUGCAGCAGCCGCCCCAAAGCCAGAACCUGAUGAAUAAUCAACAGGGGAAUCAGGUGCAAGGCAUGAUGGUGCAGUAUCCAGCCAUGUCGUCUUAUCAGGUGCCAAUGACCCAGGGUUCUCAAGGAUUGCCGCAACAAUCAUAUCAACAACCAAUCAUGCUACCUAAUCAGUCAGGUCAAGGAACACUUACAGCCACUGGAAUGCCUGUCUACUGUAAUGUCAUACCUCCUGCCCCACAGAACAACCUCCGGUUGAUUGCCCCACACUGCCCCUCCAAUAACGUUCCAGUUAUUUCUGCCAGCUGCAGGACAAACUGUGCAAGCAUCAACAAUGCAGGGUGGCAGGUCAAGUACUGACACUGUGGCUUAGAUUUAUGAGGAUAGAGGUGCAUUAUUUGACAAAUAAAUCAUGGCCUUCAAAUGAAGAGGAACACAACAGAAUAAUCAGUUGAGGACACGAGUACUGACAAUGCUCAAGUGAUUUGCUGCUGGAAAAACCUGUAAAAAAAAAAAGUAAAAUAAAUUUUGAAAAAAAAAUGUUUGCUGGUUAAUGGUGCAUAUUUUUGUCAUGUCUGCUAGGUAUGCCUUUAUAGCUUAGCUAGUGACAUGAAUUCAUUGAGGUAAGAUUUUUUCCUACCACUGAACACCACUGUGUAGAUUGUAAUAUCCCCAAUUCGGAUUAGUUUUGUACUUUGUGUUGAGUUUGUGAAGCUAAAAGUAUUUAAAAAUAUAAUAAAAUCACAUUGUACCAAAGCUGUAAUGGAAAUGAAAAAAAAAUUGAAAACAAAAAGAGAAUUACUGAAUGGAAGGAAUAAUUUAUAUACACUAUAGAGUUUUUUUAUGGAUAUAUACUGUAUUGUAGUGCUUAAUCACAAUAAAGCUAUUUGACCUCAUGAAGGAAGGUCAUGUUUCUA